CCAAUUGGGCCGGCCCAAAACUGCUCGGCGCAGUGCCCCUCUUCCCCCACCCAUCCGCCGUCGAGGCACUCGGUCGCGCCGGCGCCGCCCUUCUCACGGCUGCGUUUCUUCCGGCUGGAGGGGCUCCUACCCCCACGGCAGGCUCAGGCUGCGGCGCUCGCAGGGCACGCCAUGGAGCUUGAGGAUGCCUUCAAGAAGCGCGCCCGCGCAAGUGGUGUCGUCGGCGGAUCCUCGGCCGGCAGCCCGGACCGGCUGAGCUCUCUGCCGGACUGCCUCCUCCAUAGUCCAUACCAUCAUGUCCUUCUUGAAAGCCCGGCAGGCGGUGCAGACAUGCGUGCUGUCCACACGGUGGAGGCACCUCUGGCGCUCUGUCCCGUGCCUCGACAUCGACUUUGAUGAGUUCAAGAAAAAGGCGCCCGCUUCUGAUGCCAGCCGCAUCACCUACAACAAUUUCCUGGAAGAUGAUGCCUCUGAUUCCGAGAGUGAUGUCUGGCGUUUUGAUCUUUUCAACAACAGCAACUACAAGGACUGGGAGGAUUUUGAGGAUUUUGCCGUGACACUGAUGCGCCACUGUAACAUUGCACAGUUGGAUUCAUUCCGGCUGCAUAGUGAUGGAAACAGAGCACCGGAGUUUGGAAAAAGAGUGGCAGCAGGAUGGCUCCGUCGCGCCAUGAAAUACUGCACUCCUGAUCGUGCCAAUCAUCAGGGAUUGAGCUCUGGUUCCUGGCGCCUCAAAAGGUUGCAUCUCUGCCAUGUACUUCUUGAUGAUAGUUUUCUUAAUCAUGUUAGUUCUGUGUGCCACUCUUUGGAGGAUUUGGAGCUGGACGACUGCAGUUGUAAAAUUCAGUCAAUCACCUCCCACUCGCUGAAGACCCUGGUUCUAAAAAAAUGCCAAUGGCGAAAUCUUUCUGAGAUUAUAUCGCCCACACUGAAGACAUUGGUUAUCGAUGGCGGCUCAAAUACUGAUGCCUGUGUGCUUGUUAUCUUGGCCCCUGUUCUUGCAUAUCUGCAUCUGGUUAUGCAUGUUGCCCUCUUUCGUGGUGGUGUUUCAUUAAACGAGAUGCCAUCCGUUGCCAAGGCAUUGAUUCAUCUACACGGUCACAAACAUGGUUUUGUCAGAAGUAAAAUUGGUGGUGAUCAAUUCAAAUUUCUCUGUAGCAUAUCUAAUUCGACAAAUUUAGAAUUGUCGGGCUUUGGGACAUUGGUGCUUGGUAAGGAACCUAGAUUCCAAGAAUUCAAGAACCUGAGGAACUUAUUGUUGGACGACUGUGAUCUCAGUGAUGACUUCAGGACAUUGGUGUUCUUUCUUCGGAGUUCUCCUAUUCUUGAGAAACUCACUUUGCGGUGCUGCAAGUUCCCAAAAUAUUCUAGCAAAAAGAAAGGAAUGCCCAUACUCAAGAAAACCUCAUCUUCUGAGGUCCGUUGUCUGGAUUUGCUGUGUGAGAACCUCAAGGUUGAAAUCAUAUAUAAGGAUGGCUAUGGACCCCACCAUAUCAGUCUUCUGCAGCUUGUUUUGGUGAAUCUGUUGAAGAACAACAUUAAACUGACCAGAGUUAUUUAGUGUUUUUGUUAUCCCAGACCUUUCAUGUGGCUCCUUUCCUAACGGUUCAUGUGGAAUUUAUGUGCACAAUAUAGGCUCCCUUCAGCGGCACUAAAUCGAAGCCUAUAUACUUUUGACUACUUUCUGAGUGAAGCAGACCUUUGCUCUAUUGAUACAUAUGAUAUUGCCUUUUACUCAUUUUCCUUGAUUAAGGAUGUGAUUGCCUAUGUAAAAUAUCUGUUUUAAGCCCUAUGUACUGUGUGUCAGUGUCUGCUGUCCACUUACGUGGACAAAGCUUGCUUAAACUGUUACAUAUCGGGGAACUGUUUCGUAUUAUAAAAUAUGGCAAUCUUGAAAAA